AUGCGUCGACCAAUAGAAAAAGUCGUUGGAAACUUGUGCAGCCAUCUAACCAAUAGGAUAACGCGUAAGGCGGAGCGUAAAGAUCAGACUUGGUUGAAUGGCAAUACAAAGGCACGGAGCACUAAAAGCAAUGAUAACGUUUAAUCAAUACUGCGUGUGCUUCGGUGUCGAGAAUCUGCAGGGAAAAGACGCUCAGCUCACCCAGUACAGCCGAUACGCGGCUCGGUGCGCGCGAGGCGGAUUCGACGCUCUGGCGGCGUGACAGUCCAUCUCCAUCAAGACGCAGAUGCUGCUGCUGCAUCAGGAGGUAUUGGAAAUACCUAUCUGCACGGAUGAAGACUUUCAUCACCAAAGGACACCUAUGAGGUCAUAACUGCAUGGGGGUGACGCGACUGACCAUGAAGGACCAUCGGAAACGUCAGGAUUUUACAGCAAUCGUGAGGGGAGAUCAUGUAAUCGUUUAGUGGGCUGCGUCCACAUUCACAGGUGUACAGCUUGCGUGGAUCAAUGCGGACACGCCAUGGAGUCAUGCUCUGCACUUUCUGCUCUUACCAAACCGUACAUUUGCGGACACUAUUUGUUUCUGUGAGAAAAAAUGAGGAGAACCAAGAAACGCAAUGAGCGUAAAGUCAGUGGUCAUUAAAUUGGACGUCAUUUUACGCUCUCUGUGUUUGCGUAUUUGUUGGUUGAAAUGUUGAGCGCCGUUACAUUAAGAGAGUAACCAUCCUCUGUGGUUUACUUCAUCUCCCGUGACACUCUACACGGGUCCCCAAUGACUACAUUGUAUAUUUAAUUAUUUCUAAGUGCCCUCUGAAGUAUUUGUAAUGAUGUAGAACCAGCAGAUUGAUUUGGGGAAUUGUUUUCGUCUUUGUUCCACAACUUUACCCCGCUCACAUUGGUCCUCAGUUUCCACUUUAGUUAUACAGGUAUCUAGUAGGCGAAAUGCUGCAUUGAAGACCUCUUCAGGACAACGUUUACUGAUUUUCAUGACGUCUAACAGCAGCCCGCAAAGCGUGCGUCUCGUGUAGCUUUCAUUCAGUCGUCUUAUAAAUACAUCACCAGCUAAUAAGCUAAGCUAUGUCUUAAAAUGGUAAAGUGCAAUACGUUCCUCAAAAUAAUGAUUGAAACAGCGCCUGUUGUCUGUCAAAACUGUGGGAUCACGCACGAGUAAGCUUGUCAUUUUAGUUGCAUAUAUUCAUAUAUCUUAUGUAAUAAUCGAGAUCAUGUCCAGAUCUAACAGUGUGAGCCCACCCGGCGCUGGCGCUCCUGGACUUAGGGGAGGGACGGAGCACAGAUCAGCUUGGGGCGAGUCUGAGUCCGUGGCGAACGGAUGUCCAUACUCGGCCAGAUCCUCCAGCAAGAAGCUCAUACGGUCCAACAGUCGGUGGAGAGAGGAGGAUGACUUCGAGCGACAGCCGGGCCGAGCCACGACCACUAUCAGCCGGGUUAGCUUCAGAUCCAAGUCUGCUUGGCAGGAACAUGGAGAGGAAAGUCGCAACAAUAACCGAUCGUCCCCGAUGUAUCGAGAUGGAGAAGUGAGACCCAAGUCUGUGGAGUUGGGUUUGGAGGACAGGAGAACCAAGUCCAAGCCAGAGGAGGAGCUCAUGCCCGAAGUGAACUUUUCCAUGAUCGCGUGCUGCAACGGCGUGAUGCAGAUCUUCAAAUCCAAGAAAUUCCAGUCGGAGAAGUUGGAGAGGCUUUACCAGCGAUACUUUUUCCGACUUAACCAGAGCAGUCUGACGAUGCUCAUGGCCGUCCUGGUGCUUGUGUGCGCGGUGAUGCUGGGCUUCCGCUGCGCCGGGGGAACGUGUCGGCUCACGUUCGUUGUGGUUUUCUCCGUGGCGAUCUUGCUCAUCUUUACGCUGAUGGUCGUGUGCAACAGAAACUGCUUCCAUCAGGAUCACAUGUGGAUAGUGUGCUAUGUGGUCAUUGUGGUGGUACUGGUCGUACAGGUGGUCGGCGUGCUGCUCGUGCAGCCGCGGAGCGCGUCUGAGGGAAUCUGGUGGACCGUGUUUUUCAUCCAUGUCAUUUACACUCUUUUGCCGGUCCGGAUGAGAGCGGCGGUCAUCACUGGAAUUAUACUGUCAGCCAUACAUGUGUUGGUGUCGUGGAAGUUAAACGAGAUGGACGUCUUUUUGUGGAAACAGCUUGUGUCCAAUGUCCUGAUCUUCUCCUGCAGUAAUAUAGUGGGUGUGUGCACGCAUUACCCAGCGGAGGGCUCACAGAGACAGGCCUUCCAGGAGACCAGAGAAUGUAUUCAAGCCCGACUGCACUCUCAAAGAGAAAACCAGCAACAGGAGCGCCUCCUACUCUCUGUGCUUCCUCGACAUGUGGCCUUGGAGAUGAAAGCCGACAUAAAUGCCAAACAAGAGGAUAUGAUGUUCCACAAGAUCUACAUUCAGAAGCAUGACAAUGUCAGCAUUCUCUUUGCUGACAUCGAGGGCUUCACCAGUCUGGCUUCCCAGUGUACCGCGCAGGAGUUAGUGAUGACCCUCAACGAGCUUUUUGCACGAUUUGACAAACUAGCUGCCGAGAAUCACUGUCUGCGCAUUAAGAUUCUGGGCGACUGCUACUACUGCGUGUCAGGGCUGCCCGACGCCCGUGCCGACCAUGCGCACUGCUGCGUGGAGAUGGGUGUGGACAUGAUUGAAGCCAUCUCGUUGGUGAGAGAAGUCACUGGUGUGAACGUGAACAUGCGUGUGGGUAUCCACAGCGGGAGAGUGCACUGUGGGGUGCUGGGAUUAAGGAAGUGGCAGUUUGAUGUCUGGUCCAACGAUGUAACCUUGGCCAAUCACAUGGAAGCUGGAGGCAAAGCAGGGCGUAUCCAUAUCACCAAGGCCACCCUGAACUACCUGAACGGGGAUUAUGAUGUAGAACCUGGAUUCGGCGGAGAGAGAAACGUCUAUCUCAAAAAGCACAGCAUUGAAACCUACCUCAUUGUGGGCUGCAGUCAGAAGCGGAAUGAAGAAAAGGCCAUGAUUGCUAAGAUGAACCGGCAAAGUACCAACUCGGUUAACCAUAACAGCACUCACUGGACGGACCGACCCUUCUACAAUCACCUGGCAGGAAAUCAGGUUCCCAAGGAGAUGAAGAGGAUGGGAUUUGAAGAUCCCAAAGACAAACAUUUCAUUUUCAGAAACACGCAAGAAAACCUGAACCCUGAAGAUGAGGUGGACGAGUUUUUGGGCCGCGCUAUUGACGCUCGGAGCAUCGACCGGUUGCGUUCUGAACAUGUCAAAAAGUUUCUGCUGACGUUCCGCGAGCCUGACCUGGAGAAGAAGUACUCGAAACAGGUAGACGCCAGGUUCGGUGCAUACGUGGCCUGUGCCUCCCUCGUCUUUUUAUUCAUCUGCUUCAUUCAGAUCGUCAUUGUACCGCACUCUGGGCAGAUGGUUGGCUUCUAUGUGCUGUGUCUGGUCCUCCUGACGGCCGUCAUGUUCAUUUCAGCCAUUUACUCAUGUUUUGGAUUUUUCUCUAUGCCCCUGCAAACUCUAUCCAAAAGGAUUGUUCAGUCCAGACUCAACAGCACCCUGGUGGGGGUUUUUACAAUCGUCCUGGUGUUUCUCUCUGCUUUCAUUAACAUUUUCACCUGCAGUGCGGAUGACCUGAAGACAUGUUUAAGCCGAGAGUUUAAUAUCAGCCGCGGGGAUGUGAACGCGUGCCAUGUCCACAGCUCUUCCUUCAACUACACCCUCUGGUCUCAGGACAGCCUGUGCACCAGUUCAUCACCCACCUGCAAUUUCCCGGAGUACUUCUCGUCGUGUGUACUGUUGAGUUUACUGGCGUGCUCGGUGUUCCUGCAGAUCAGCAGUAUUGGGAAACUCUUCCUCAUGCUGUUUAUUGAAAUCCUGUAUGUGAUCAUUAUCGAGGUGCCUGAGGUCACCCUGUUUGACAACGUUGACCUGCUUGUCAUGGCCAAUGCCAUCGAGUACAUCAACGGAACAAGCUGUGUGACUGACACGCGGGUUCCUCUAAAAAUCAUGACGCCGGUGGUCAUCACGGUCUUUGUAUUGGCACUUUACCUUCAUGCACAGCAGGUGGAGUCUACUGCCAGACUGGACUUUCUGUGGAAGUUACAGGCCACGGAGGAGAAAGAGGAGAUGGAGGAACUUCAGGCCUACAACCGUCGACUUCUUCACAACAUCUUGCCCAAAGAUGUGGCCGCACACUUCCUGGCCCGCGAGCGGAGGAACGACGAGCUGUAUUAUCAGUCGUGUGAAUGUGUGGCUGUCAUGUUCGCUUCCAUUAGCAACUUUUCAGAGUUCUAUGUAGAACUGGAGGCCAACAACGAAGGUGUGGAGUGCUUGAGACUACUCAACGAGAUCAUCGCUGAUUUCGAUGAGAUCAUUAGUGAGGAUCAGUUCCGUCAGCUGGAAAAGAUCAAGACGAUCGGCAGCACAUACAUGGCCGCAUCUGGGCUUAAUGACUCCACCUACGAUAAGGCGGGAAGGUCACACAUUCGCGCUCUGGCCGACUAUGCCAUGCGCCUCAUGGACCAGAUGAAGUACAUCAAUGAGCACUCUUUCAAUAACUUCAAAAUGAAGAUAGGUCUCAACAUGGGCCCCGUCGUGGCCGGUGUCAUAGGCGCACGUAAACCGCAAUAUGACAUAUGGGGGAAUACUGUGAACGUAGCCAGCAGGAUGGACAGCACUGGGGUACCUGAAAGAAUACAGGUCACAACUGACCUCUACCAGGUUCUCAACUCCUACAACUACACACUGGAGUGCAGAGGGGUUGUUAAAGUCAAGGGCAAAGGAGAAAUGACAACCUAUUUCCUGAACGGAGGACCCAACAACAGUUAACACUCAGCAUCUGAUAUUCAGAACAUGUUUGAGACGAUACAAAUGAAGAGACUUCAGAGGCUGAGCCAGGCUGUUGAGCGUCAACUUGCUGGACCAAUCAGAAUAGGAUGCGUUCAGAAACAGCCCAUACCUGGUGUUUUAGCGUUAGUCCUUUUGCACAUUGAGACCUCCCGUAGGACUAACGGAGGGCUUUGUCCCCCCUUAUUUAAGGUACGGAACAGCUCGGAAAGAUGGAUCAUCCUCAGAGACCAAAGAAACAGGAAUCUCAAGGAAUACAAAGCAGAUUUUAUCAAAUCAUUCUUCGGUUGCCAAAAGGCGUCGGGGCUUCUGAGCAUGGAUCCAAAUGAAAACUGCACGACUACACUGAAGCCUAUAUACCUGUAAAACACAGCUGUUUUAUGUGUAUAUAAUCCAUCGGUGUAUGUAAAGAGUCCUGUUCAUACAGUCCUGUUGUGUUCAACACUAUCUAGGUAGGUAGAGAUGUCACAAUAAGCUAACACAUGGGUAGAUGGUUACGGUGGACACAGCAGCGCUACAAACCCUUUACGGUUACCCAAACUUUACUACGGCGACUGUGGUUGUUACUGGUAAGGAAACUGAAGAUGACAGUAUUACGGUUUCUUCAGAGUCGAGAUCUAGACUGCUUCAUGGCGUGUCACACGUUUGCAUUCAGACUCGCACAACCGCACACAAACAAUCUGCUACACUGACACGGGACACUUUUGUGGCUGUUUUUGUAUUCUGAACAUUUUAUAUUUUGAUUCUGAAAGCCAAACUGUUAAAACUAUUUUAGAGUAUAUAUUUUGUACAUUAAUAUAUUAGAAGGAUCUCUAUAAACACCUAUAUGUGUGCGCUCGCUACACACACGCUCCUAGUGGAACGCUACAACCUACAUAUUUUUAACACAGGGGAAGGUGUCUGUAAAUGAUUUUUCACCCUUUGUCUCAGCAUCCAUUUGGGGAAGAAAAUAAGCUGGCCUUGUAACCAAGAAGAAUACGUUUGGCUUUUCUCCAAAAAAGGUUUCUGUGUUCUGUGAAGUACGCUACAAUGUAAUUCCGAGUCGAAAAUGGAUUUGCCGAAGGUGAAAUGGCAAGUGAGUGUUUCAGAACAGCCACAGUCGUUAAAGCUUGGCAAACACAUCUGCAAAUAUUGAUUUUAGUCUCGCGUUGGACAAGUUUUGUUUCUCUAGGGAUAUGCCAUUUUUGCACUGCGGAUUGACCAGCAUUCCCUUCCCUCUCAGAUCACUCUUGGUGGUAUGACCCAAUGAAUGUCCAUUUUCUCCAAUGAGGCCUUUGUAUGUAAAGGAGCGCUUAUACACAAAUGCAUACUUCUUAAAGUGAGAUAUACAUUUUUUACAUUUUAGUUCAUCACUGUAAACAUUGCAAAGUACUUUCGGGUUACAAUAUGAUGUGCUGGAUCUGUAAUAUUCUGCAUAUGCCUGUCUCAAGCGUGUGCUAUCAUAACUAAAUUAUAUUUGGUCCAUUCACCUCGGUCUAUAUUUUCGUCAGGUCAGUGCCGUUAUCUUGCCAUUUAUUUUCAAAUAAAAAUCGGAUUGAAUGUUUUUAUGUCUUGUCUUCAUACAAUGUAAUACGGCCUUGAAUGCUAGGCGGUACUUUAAGUUAAAAAUGAAAGGCGUGUCAUUUCUGUGCCACUAGCUGCAAAUAGAACGACAAAACUUGUGACCCGUCACAAAUUCAUGCCAUUGGUCUGUAUGCUGAUGCAAAUAAACAGUUAUAUAUUGAGUGUUUACAUUUUUCAGGGGAAAUCAACUUAAAAAUGUCUUGUUGACAAAGUUGCAUUUUAAAGGGGAUUGAAAAGAGGAUUUUAACUCCCGAGUCCCGAGAUGAAAUGAAAAGAUACGUCAGAUUUACUUUAAUUCUCUGUGUCAUUCAAACUACAGAAGGAGGUUCAAGAUUUCAAAUAAUUACAAAUAUUUUAUUCUGUGGAAUAUUGACAUUUUCUAUUCCAGUUGUAGAAUUGUCCAAUUCUGUAGAUCUUGGGUUGUCUUUGCUUACUUGCCAUGUCAAAAUGCAAUGUUUUUCUUUUACAUUCAAAUAAACCACUAUAAUGUUGAA